AUGCAUGAGGACCCGGUGCAGUGUUAUUACUUCAUGGCCAGCUCCAACGCAACGCCCAACACGUCCUUCCGGGUCAAGCCGCCGGCGGCGGCAUCCGACGUGUUGCGUGACCACCCGGGCUUCCAACUGCUGGAGGAGUAGUAGGUGAGGCUGCUGGGCGCGCGGGCGCGGACUCUGGCGCCCGACACGCCGUUGCGCCGGGGCCGGCUCUACUUCCUCGUCGCGCUCCCACGCCGGGCAUGGUCGGCCAACCUCCGCGUCGGCGCGCGGGAGCGGCUCGAGUCUCUCAUGCUCGCCCGCGGCUCCACUUCCGACAUCUCCUCCUUCCACGGCAUCGCCUCUGCGUCCGCCCCCGCCUCCCCGCUCCCCGGCAGCGUGGGCGGAGGCACGCCCGUGCGGCUCAGGAUGCAGCUCCCCAAGGCACAGGUGGAGAAGCUGAUGGGAGACAGCCGGGACGCGGACGAGGCAGCGGCCAAGAUCAUGGAGCUGUGUGCGCCCGUGGGCGACGAUGGCUUCAACGCCAGGGUGACGCCCGAGAGGCCGCCCGGUAUCCUGCGCAGCCCGCGGUUCGCGGCCAUGCCUGAGUUAUUGUGUUGA